AUGACUGCUGUGGCUCCUAUAGAGAUCCUUGUCUUCUCUGACUUGGUGAACAAGGCGAGAGUGAUGGAAGAAUAUGCCAAGACGGUAACUUCAUCCAAGGACACUCAUGGAGGGAGCUCUAGUCGGGGGCAUGGCAAGUAUUUCCAUCCUAGAGGUCAAAGCUUCAAAAGAGGAGGAUAUACGCCUCAAGGUCAAGGAGGUUUCAGGAAGAACACUCAGACUCAGUUUCAGUAUGCUAAGGGGAGAGAAAAUCAAAGUAAGAAUUCUCCGGAUUUCACUUGUGUACGUUGUGGGCGUUUCCAUCCUUAUGACUCAUGCAAAAUUGGUUUAGGUGGUUGCUUCAGUUGUGGGUUGCCUAGCCACAUUGCGAGGAAUUGUACUCGUGGGAGGAACCAGAAUGCUGGCCAGAGUCAGCAUCAAGGUCGAGUCUUUGCUGUGAAUGCCAACGAUGCUUCUAAGGUGGAUCCGUUGAUGAGAGGUAUAUGUCUAAUUGGUGAUAAGUCCUUAGUUGCAUUAUAUGAUACUAGAGCUUCGCAUUCGUUUAUUUCGUUUACUAAAGUUGAGGAAUUAGGUUUAAAAGUGUCAGAGUUACCUUUUGAUCUGCAUGUACAUACUCCGCAUCAGAUAGUUUUGACUAGAUCAGGUUGUAGACAAGUAGGUUUCAAACUUGAGGGUAGAGACUUUGUGCAUGAUUUGAUCUGUUUACCAAUGGUGGGGCUAGAGAUGAUUUUGGGGUUUGAUUGGUUGUCGAAGAAUCGGGUUUUGUUGGACUGCUUUGAGCGGACCAUUUGGUUUAUGCCAGAAGGAGAAAAUGGAGCAGUAGUAGCUACGGGAUAUUACCUUAACUCUGUAAUGGUGCACUGUAGUGGGGAGGAGUGUCAGGGUUAUAUUCUUUUGGCUGCUAAUGCGUUGGGGGAUGCCCAGAACUUAGAUCAGAUGCCGGUGGUUAAAGAUUUUCCAGAAGUGUUUACGGAAGAUAUCCCUGAGUUCCCACCUCAAUGGGAAAUUGAAUUUGCGAUUGAACUGGUGCCGGGAGCCGGACCAGUGUCGAUUGCGCCUUAUAGAAUGGCUCCGAUAGAGAUGCCAGAGUUAAAAACUCAGUUUGAAGAGCUUCUGAAUAAGAGGUUCAUUCGACUGAGUGUAUCACCGUAG